UCUGUGAUUGCGGUCGCCGCUGCUCUGACUACUGGAGGCUGAGAAGUAAACUACCAAAUAGGAAAAGAGUACUUAGCCAGGCAGGUGGUUUAUAGUCAGCAAUGUGUCAGCCAAUGCAGCUCAUACUAUAAAGGUUGAGUGGCUAAGUUGUCAUGGUCGUAACACAAGCGCUAGUCAAACCCCGACGGCUAGCAAGAGCUGUAAGAUUUAACUCAGUAAGUGGGGUGUUUUUAACGCGUGUUUAAUUAGCUAAAUUUAGCUAACGCGAACGGCUUCUCCUCCGAUGUUUAAUAAAACCUGCACACUUUCUGAAAAGGCGUUUCCUCUUGAGUAAAGGAUGUCUAAACGCCUUCGAAACCCGGAGGUUUGCGCGGACUGCAGCGCUCCAGAACCCCGCUGGGCUUCAGUGAACAGAGGUGUGUUGAUCUGCGAUGAGUGCUGCAGCGUUCACCGAAGUUUGGGUCGACACAGCUCGCAAGUUCGUCACCUCACCCACACGCCAUGGCCUCCUACACAGCUGCAGAUGGUUCAGACCUUGUACAGCAAUGGAGCAAAUUCAAUUUGGGAGCACUCCAUUCUGGACCCGACGUCGAUGAUGAGUGUAAAACGCAAAGCCAACCCUCAGGACAAGCUGCACCCAAACAAAAUGGAAUUCAUAAGAGCCAAAUAUCAAAUGCUGGCAUUUGUGCAUCGAAUGCCCUGCCGGGAGGAUGACAGCUCCACAGCCAAGGACUUAAGCAAGCAACUUCACUCAAGUGUUCGCACAGGAAAUCUUGAGACUUGUUUAAGAUUGUUAUCCCUCGGAGCACAAGCAAACUUUUUUCACCCAGAAAAGGGAAACACUCCUCUGCACGUCGCUGCAAAAGCCGGGCAAGUUUGUCAGGUUGAACUUUUAACUGUGUAUGGGGCAGAUCCUGGAGCUCUAGACAGUAACAGCAAAACUCCUAUUGACCAUGCCAGAGAGUCUGGCCACCAUGACCUGGCAGAUCGGCUGGUGGAGAUUCAGUAUGAACUGACUGAUCGACUGGCCUUUUAUCUGUGUGGAAGAAAACCCGAUCAUAAAAAUGGUCAGCACUUCAUAGUUCCACAAAUGGCAGACAGAACCAUCAGCGUAGAUUUAUCUGAACUUGCAAAAGCAGCAAAGAGGAAACUGCAGUCUCUCAGUAACCAUUUGUUUGAGGAGCUGGCCAUGGAUGUGUAUGAUGAAGUGGACAGGAGGGAGACAGAUGCAGUGUGGUUGGCCACCCAGAAUCACAGCACCUUGGUCACAGAAACAGCUGUGGUUCCUUUUCUUCCUGUGAAUCCAGAGUAUUCAUCAACACGAAACCAGGGACGACAGAAGCUUGCAAGAUUUAACGCACAUGAAUUUGCAACUCUGGUGAUCGAUAUAUUAAGUGAAGCAAAGCGCAGACAGCUGGGGAAUUCUGCAGUCAUUCACAAAGACAGUGUUGAACUCAUUCUUAAGAGCGUAGUUGUCAGACACUGCAGCGACAGCCAGGACACCGACCAGCCCGACUACGACAGCGUGGCGUCCGACGAAGACACGGAUCAAGAACUCCUGUCAAGCAAAGGGGAUAGAACCAAGAGCCUUGACUCUGACCUGUCUGAUGGUCCCAUUUCUAUGCAAGAAUACAUGGAGGUGAAAAACGCUCUCUCUGCCUCUGAAGCUAAGGUCCAGCAGCUCAUGAAAGUCAACAACAACCUCAACGAUGAGCUGAGGCUGAUGCAGAAAAAGCUGCAAUCUCUGCAAAACGAGAACACCUCUCUCAGGCGGCAGGUCACAACCAAUAUCUAUCACACCCCCAGUGGUGCAGACUACCCUGACCCCUCCAGCCCCUCAGCCCUGAAACGCCGGCAGUCUGCCCGGGCCAGUCGGCCCAUGUCUAUGUACGAGACUGGCUCAGGCCUGAAGCCGUAUCUCCCCAAAGGGGAAAGUCACUACACAGAGGAGGGCGUUCCCACCCUGCAACCCUUCUCACCUCAUACAAAAAGAGGCGCUUUUGUGACCACCUCUUCAUCCCUCCCCUCAUUUCCAUCCACCCUGUCUUGGUUGAAGGAGGACAGUUCUCUAAAGACUCCAAAAAUGGAGAAGCAAAGCAGUGUGCCAGAAAGCGACUACGACAACCCUUUUAUUGACUCAGAGGUUGAUGACUUAAGCUCAUGCAGAAGAGGGAGGUUCAGGAGCAGCGGGUGGCUGGGAGAAGCUGGCUCCAAACCUGAACUGGAGGAUCCAGACUGUGACCCGACACUUCCCAGCACAGAAGAUGUCAUUCGGAAAACCGAGCAGAUCACCAAAAACAUUCAGGAGCUCCUACGAGCAGCUCAGGAGAGUAAACACGACAGCUUCAUUCCCUGCUCAGAAAGAAUCCACCUUGCAGUGACAGAAAUGGCUGCACUUUUCCCCAAGAAGCCACGCUUGGAGGCGGUGCGAGGCUCCCUGCGCUUGUUGACCUCCAGCGCGUGCCGCCUUCAGAACGAAUGCAGGAAGGUUUUGCCUUCAGAGGGCUCUCCGGGUCCGGACAUGCAGCUGGUCACCCAGCAGGUCAUCCAAUGUGCUUAUGACAUUGCCAAGGCAGCCAAGCAGCUCGUCACCAUCACAACAAAGGAGAACAACAACUAAAAAGCUCUUACAAGGCCUGCAAAGCCUGUCAGUUUUUAAAAAUAUGUUUUUAGCCAUUUUGAUUUUCAGUCUGUGAGAUAUGCAUGCACUGUUUUUUUUAUUAUUAUUUAUGAUCCAAAAAAAAAUAUUUAAAAAGAAAAAAUCUGAAGAAAUUUGAGUGUCAUAAGGGAGGGAAAAAAGAACAAUAGCAUCCUGCUGUCAGAGGGUCAUUUCACAUAGAUUAUCAGUACUGUAGUAGAAAACAUCUCAAGAUGGGAGAUGAUGUCAGGAAUUUGCACUGAGAAAAUAAAGCACAGAAAAACGAGCUCGGUGUUAUCAGUCCACAAAUCGAUGCUCACAAACAAUUAAAAAAUGCUGUUUAAUAAGCACUUCCGUUAACUUGUUUCUAUUUGUUGCACAGCUUACGCAUCAGAACACAGCAAAUGUUAGAAGAAAAAAAAACCAGCAUGCAAUAACUUUCCACCCACUUCACAUCUGUAGCUCAGCAUCAUUUCUCGAGCUCAAAAAGCUGUUUCUCUGGUUUUUGCCAUUCUCAGUGAAAUCCUGUUUGCAGUGGACUUCCUGUGCCUAUUUAUGCAUGCACCUUUGUUGUAUCGAUAUAUGCAAGUAAGACCUGUUCUGGGGCAAAGAAAUGCUUAGUACCAACUUUGGCUCCACAAACAUACUGUGUACCGACGCCGCUACACUGCUGCUGUUGUUAAAAAGCAAUAGUCCAACAUCCACGUGUGCUCACAUUUAGUUUUGUAUUUGAUGUGCAACAAGUGGAAAAUACUGUAAAUGUCUUAUGUGUCGCCCCUCAAAAUAAAAAAAUCAUCUUAUUGUUAUAUUAUUUUCAAAUAAACUUAAUUUAUAACAA